UGUUUCGUGUAGCGUCCGCCGUGGAUCCUUCUCCAACCUCCUCCUCAAACCCUUCGAGAGAGCCUCGCCGGAGUACGAGCGCGGAGCAGAACGUCGAGCGCCGCGACGCGAAGCGGGAGAGAGGCAAUGUCGACGUCGCCCGAUGCAGAUUCAGUCGACGCCCUUCGCUCCCACAUCCAUUCUCUCCAGACGACAAUCAACGAGCUGGAGAAGCAGAACGCGGAACUUUCUUCUCGACUCUCUGGAUGUUGCUGUCGAAAGAUGGAAGACGAGAUUGGUUGUGUCGUAGACGGAGGCGGAGCAGUCGAUGGGAAUGGCAAAUCGAUGAAAAUGGACAAGAAGACUAGGAAGAAAAAAGAUUUCAAAACAGGAAUUCUCGAACACCAUCCAAGGCGAUAUGUUGCUCUAAGAUUGAUGUAUUUUGGGCAAAGGUUUUAUGGUUUUGCCUCUGAAGCACAAUUGGAUCCAACUGUCGAGACACCUAAUUCAUUUCGAUCCGAAUCCCAUCAUACUGAUUUUGGUGUCAUGCAGUCUGAAAUUUUUAAAGCUCUUGAGAAGACUAAGCUUUUAGUUGGUGACAAGAAAAAGUCACAGUACUCAAGAUGUGGCAGAACAGACAAAGGAGUUUCAUCUUUUGGACAAGUCAUUUCCCUGUUUCUACGAUCAAACCUGCGACCUAAGAACACAGAUGAUGCAAACAAUUGGGGACUUUCUAUAGAUAGAGAUGUCUUAGACGCGGAAAUUGAUUAUGUGAGAGUGUUGAAUCGAGUCUUACCCAAAGAUAUCCGAGUAACUGGCUGGUGUCCUGUUCCAAUUGAUUUUAGUGCAAGGUUUAGCUGUAUGAGCAGGGAGUACAAAUAUUUCUUUUGGAGAGAUAAUUUGGAUAUUAGGGCAAUGGAGAGUGCAGGCCAAAAGUUUGUUGGGGAUCAUGAUUUCAGAAAUUUUUGUAAGAUGGAUGCAUUUAAUGUCCACAACUACAAGCGUCAUAUAACAUCCUUUGAACUCUCUUCUUGUGAUAAGAGGUUGGAAAGUAAUGAACUGUGGUGUUUCAAAAUUAAGGGCAGUGCAUUUUUGUGGCACCAAGUUCGUUGCAUGGUUGCUGUGAUGUUUAUGGUUGGCCAAGGUCUUGAAUCUCCUGAUGUAAUGGAUGCCUUAUUGGACACUGAUGGGACACCAAGAAAGCCGCAAUACACCAUGGCUCCAGAAAUGCCAUUAGUUCUUCAAUCUUGUGAAUUUGAAGGUGUCAGGUUUAUUUGUUCCUCAGAUGCUCGGCAAGCAUUACAUGUGCACUUGGAGGAUGGCUAUCGAACAUAUGAACUCGAAGCUGCAAUGGCUUAUGAGGCUCUUCUAACUUGCUUGCCUCAGGAACAUGGUUUCUCAGAUCAGAGCUUAUUGAGUACCAAACCUAAAAAGAAGGCAGCCUCACAUAUUUCUCUCAUGUCGCGCCCAACCGAGCCAUCUUAUGAAGAGCGGCGUGCCAAAUUAAACCCAAAACCAGAAGUUCGUGAGCUUUCUGACCAAUCUACAUAGUCUGUCAAAUGGAGAUGCUCUCAUUUACUAUUUGUGCGGCUGGUGCUAUGUCGCAAAAUGCCUGGUGGUUGGUCAUUCUUUGCAAGUGGAUCAGUAACUCGCAAUGGUAGAAAGGUGAAGGCUCGCGUAGUCCUGAUCUUGGAAUACCUUACAAGCAAAAGUACCUGGGGAUCUAUAUUACCAAUUUGGUAAUCAUGCUCUUGAAGUGUCGCACAACACUGCACUCAUAAGAGGUUAUCUCAGCUCGGCACGUUUGUCAAAUGCAACAUACUGUUAAUACUCCUACCGGGCAUGCGAAAUUCUUUGCUUUCUUCUAUUGAUUGUCCGGUGCUGUGAAGCUGUGAUUUUCACUUAGAAAAACCUCGCUUAUAUGCAUUACAAUCUAUAAGAAUUGCGUGCCAUGGCGAAAGCUUCAUAUC